CGUAGAAGUAGUAGAAGAAGGAAACCCGGAAACUGUCGAAUCUUCGUCAGCGAGUGACCCAGUUAGCUGCCAAGAUUAACUGAAAAAUCCGAAUGGCAAACAAGUAAUUUGGUCACGCUGUUUGUAAAUACUUCUUUUUAUAAUGACUCGUUUGCACGGUCGUACGUUGGGAGCAAAAUGAAUGUAAUAACAAGCAAAAUGGGUCACUCAAUGUUGCUAUUUUGAUUAGCUAUGCUAACCAACAUAAAAAUGAAUUGUCGAACAUUAGCUGCGCUCUCGAUCAACUAGAAAGGUUUGCCUCGUCCAGUACGAGCAUAUGUUUUGUUCGCGGGCUGAUAGUAACUAGGCAGUGAAAGUGUUCAAAGGAUACUUCUAUUCGUCGGAUCCUUUUGAUGUUCAGUGUCUCGGAAAGAAACCAAUCAGUCCCAUGUCUGCUGAGGCGUCAGUCGGCAGUCAUGCUGCAAACACUGCCCAGUCUGCUGUUUCCCAGCCUGUUUUCCAGAGCACUGUUGAAGGCAGACACCAGGGUCUGUUGGGAAGCAAAUAUGUCAAGUUGAAUGUGGGUGGCUCACUUUAUUAUACAACUGUUCAGACAUUGACCAAGGAGGAAAGCCUGCUGCACAGCAUUUGCAACGGAGAAACCGAGGUCAACAUUGACUCAGACGGCUGGGUGAUUUUAGAUCGAAGCGGUCGACAUUUUGGGCUCAUUUUGAACUUUCUGCGGGAUGGUUCGGUACCGCUCCCUGAUGACCACAGAGAACUUGAUGAGGUCCUAAAGGAGGCCCAGUACUACAGGGUGCAGGGGCUUAUCCAGCACUGCCUCACUGCCAUGCAGAAGCAAAAGGACAUAUUUGAAAGUGUGUGUCGCAUCCCAAUGAUCACGUCAGCCAAAGAGGAGCAGAGGAUGAUUGCGACAUGCAGAAAGCCGGUGGUAAAAUUGCAAAACAACAGAGGAAAUAACAAGUACUCGUAUACCAGCAAUUCAGAUGACAACUUGUUGAAGAACAUCGAACUUUUUGACAAACUUGUACUCCGCUUCAAUGGCCGCGUCCUGUUCGUCAAAGACGUUCUCGGGGAUGAGAUUUGCUGCUGGUCGUUUUACGGUGAAGGUCGCAAGAUAGCCGAAGUAUGCUGCACGUCCAUCGUCUAUGCCACGGAGAAGAAGCAGACCAAAGUUGAGUUUCCUGAAGCUCGGAUUUUUGAAGAAACUCUUAAUAUCCUCAUUUAUGAGAAUGACCGAAGAUCCGGUCCUGGGGGCUUACACCUCUUCGACUCUCGAGGCCCCGGUUCAUCGGUGGGUGCUGGCCAAUCGGAGGAAGAGGGCGCAGUGGGCGGGGACAGACGAGUAAGGAGGAUCCACGUCAGGAGACACAUCAUGCACGAUGAGCGAGGGCACGGCCAGCAAACUGUGUACAAGGAUUAACAAUGUGAAGACAAAAGAGGCUCGCCGCAGGAACCUGUUCCAUGACGUCUUCAUUGUCAGUCGUCACGUUAGAUGUCACCGCCGCAAGUGGAGGUGUAACUGGAGAAAGGUGAAAUGUUUACAAGAUAAAUGAUGGCGUCCAGCUUUGAAAUGGGAGAAAUAGCCCGGGUCACGACACUGGCAUCAAUAUGAUUUCAAUAUUCUUCGCCUUGUGUUGACGUGGGUGUUGACGAUAUGCACUGGCAGCCACCGCUGCGUUGUACGUUAUGGGGGAACACUUUUUCGGGCUCGAUCUGUUUGUAUUUUCUCAGAUUGUCCGACUUCACAUCAAUAGAUGAGGUGGUUUCUCAAGUUUAGCGUAGAUAUGUUAACACUGGAAUAGCCUGCGUAGCAAUUUUUCUUUUUGUGUGUGUGUGAAGUUGUCUAAGGAUGAGAUAGUUGGGCAGCUCUAAUUUUCCAUAUUUAAAUUAUUUCCUCUAUCGCUUCGGGAUGUCUUUUUAAUUAAUUUAUGAACUUAAUUUAUUGUGUAUUUAACGUUUGUAUGCAAUCCCAGUGUUAACACAUGUUUCGGUGGGUAUACAUUUGCACUCUCAAGCACACAUCAGAUUUUGAAUGACGAAAUAAUGUUUUAUUUAAGUUGGCUUGAAGGUGAUUGUGUCGUAUCUUAUUCUGAGCCAUGAUUUUUCACUUUUCUUCAUGUCUUAUAGUAAACCACUGAAACCUGUUCCAAGUUAUUGGUCUAGCAGUUGAUAUUAAUGCGCAACUUUUUAAUGUUUUUUUAUACCCCAUCCCUUCCCCCAUUUCAAUGAAUUGAGAGUAUUCUCAGAUGUUUUGUGCGCUCCUAAUUCUUUGUGUCUGUCACCUUUUUAAAAAUUAUCCAAUAACAUGAUGCACUACUUCACCUUGCAACUUCCGUCCUACUGUGGUGAGAAAUGUUCUGAAUAAAUUAAGAAAUCCAAUAUA